AUGCUGUCGACAGCACCCCUGCUUGGCGGAUCCAUCAAGCCCCUCACUGGCUUGCUUGUCCAGGAACGCUUUGGCAUCUGUGGGACGAUAGGCGUUCUCGUGCGUACGUAUAUCUUUGGCCUCUGCCCACCGAACCGGUUCGCCAACUCGCCUGAUUCUCAUCGCAAGUGGCUCCAGGCUGACUCGGCCAUUUUCAUGCCGAACUCAAAUCUCGCGACAAAGCUUGUUCGACUGAAUGAACUGCCGACCGCUUCGGUUCGAGCGUUUCAAGCAAUGGGGAUACGGCAAUGCGAACGUCAUUCAUGCGACAUGGAGAGGCGAGAACCGUCGUGGAACUGA